UCCUCAGCUGUGGGAGCUACUACUCCCCUGGCUCAGUGCACAUGUGGACGCCAUGAGACUGGUACUUCCUAACCCAGGACUGGAUGUCAGGAUCCCUAACCAUGAGGAUCUGGAGAGGAUGGAGAAGGAGGAGGCCGGGGACAGGCCCAAGUGGGACAACAAAGCCCAGUACAUCCUAACCUGUGUGGGCUUCUGCAUCGGUCUUGGAAACGUGUGGCGAUUCCCUUACUUGUGUCAAAGUCAUGGAGGAGGUGCCUUUUUGAUCCCCUACUUGAUCCUGCUGGUGUUGGAAGGAAUGCCUCUGCUGCUGCUGGAGUUUGCCAUCGGCCAGCGUCUCAGGAAAGGCAGCGUGGGAGUGUGGAGGGCCAUCAACCCGUAUCUGACUGGUAUUGGUAUAGCCUCCAUGCUGGUUUCAUUUUUGGUUGGACUGUACUACAACACCUUAAUCGCCUGGAUUAUUUGGUAUCUCUUCAAUUCCUUUCAAGACCCGCUGCCUUGGACCCAGUGUCCUCUCAAUGACAAUGGGACAGGAUACAUACCAGAGUGUCAGCAGAGCUCCACUGUGGAUUACUUCUUUUACCGAGUGACUCUGAAUAGCUCAACCUCUAUAGCAGAGUCUGGAGGAAUCCAGUGGCCCAUCGUUCUCUGCCUACUCGCUGCCUGGACACUUGUCGCCAUCUGCUGCAUAAGGGGCAUCAAAACUUCAGGCAAGGCAGUGUACGUCACAGCCAUUCUGCCUUACAUCGUGCUGGCCAUCUUCCUGAUCCGAGGACUGACUCUUAAAGGCGCCUUGAGUGGAAUAAAGUUCCUCGUCACACCAGACGUGGAUGAGUUGAUCAAACCAACCACUUGGCUCGACGCAGGUGCCCAGGUCUUUUACGCCUUUGGAUUGGCCUGGGGAGGCCUUAUCUCCUUCUCAAGCUACAACUCUGUCCACAACAACUGCGUGCAGGAUGCUGUGAUCCUGUCCAUUGUAACCGGCCUCACCUCUAUCUAUGCUGCCACAGUCACCUACUCCAUCAUUGGCUUCAGGGCCACAGACAGAUACGACAUCUGUAUCAGAGAUAACAUCAUGACAUUAUUAAAUGCAUUCGACCUUCCUGAAGACAGCAUCAAUGCGAACAAUUACGAGGAAGCAUUCAGUCACUACAACAGCUCUAGACCUGAUAUUAUACUUGGAUUGGACAUCCAAACCUGUGACAUGCAGAAACUUCUCAGUGAGGGAGUGGAGGGAGCCGGUCUGGCCUUCAUUGUGUUCACUGAAGCCAUCACCAAGAUGCCUGGUUCUCCGAUCUGGUCUGUCCUCUUCUUCGUCAUGCUUCUCUGCUUGGGACUCUCAACCUUGUUUGGCAACAUUGAGGGAGUGGUGGUCCCGCUGAGAGACCUGAAUGUAUUCCCUAGAAAGUGGCCCCAUGAAGUGCUGACCGGGUUAACGUGUGUCGUGUCCUUCAUCAUCUGCCUCCUGUUUUCCCAGUAUUCAGGGAUGUACUGGGUAACGCUCUUUGACAACUUUGCUGGAUCUAUUCCCCUUCUGACCGUUGGGUUAUUUGAGAUGAUAGCAGUUGUUUACAUCUAUGGUAUAGACAGGUUCAAUGACGACUUGAAGUUCAUGGUGGGACAUAAGCCUUCCAUCUUCUGGCAGGUUUCAUGGAGGUUCAUCAGUCCACUAAUCGUUCUGGUUAUUUUAGUUUUCUACCUGGUGACACAAGCCCAAAAGAAGCUCACCUAUUUAGUGUGGGAUCCAAACUCUGAGGUGUUCCCGUCUCUGGCGUCAGUACCGUACCCAUCAUGGAUCAACGCGGUCAUCUUUUUGUUGGCAGGAAUCCCCAGUCUGGCAGUCCCUCUGUAUGCGCUAUGUAGGCUGGUGUUUGUUCACUUUAAAAAAUAGCAUCCAAUCAAAAAUAAGCCAAAUGUCAAAAACUGUUUAAAGAUAUGUGACAUUUCUACAUUAAAAUGUCAAAAAAAUAUGAAUGGUAUGUAAAUUUGUGUGUACUUACAUCUUUGAAACUGUUUUUUACAAAGUUCAGACCGAGAGAAAUCCACAAUAACCUGCUUUCACAGUAUGAGGAUGAGCUGGUUAAUGCCUGGCAGCAAAUAAAAUAAAUACUUACAUGUCAUAUCAUUUUAUCGUCAACCAUCUGACCUUUACUUGUCCAACAUAAUUAUAUUUGAUUUCAGAUUAAUUUAACAUAUAAAUCAUUUUAUCAAUCCUUCAUCAAAUUAUCUUCCCUAAUUAAAAGGUUUUAUUUGAACUAUA